AUGGAAGAAAGUUUUGAGAAAUUGAGUGAAUUUAGUAAUUUUGUUGUAAGUUUUUUGGAAAAUUUUAACGAUAGACAUUUGGGUGGAACGGAGAUGGGCAGAAUGGUGCACUAUGAAGAAUUGAAACCUAAGACUGAUUUGGAUGUUAAUAGAAAAGGCAAAAGCAUGAAGAAGAUGGGUAUGGCAAUGAUGCCGCUGGUAUUCCACGUGGGAGCCACUUCGACCUGGAUGCUGCUGACCAGCAUCAUGGCUGUCAAGUCUGUCAUUAUCGGCCUGGUACUGCUGGUGUUUAAGAUCGCUGUCAGUUCUGCUAAGGUGGCGUCGUUUUUCACGAGUUUGAAGGCUAAACAUAGUCACCACGAUCACUCCCCAGAACACCACGGGUUUGAAAGAAGUUUACCGGAUUUCGUGUAUCACGCCGUGGAUUGGAGUUCGUACUCGCCUGAAUUCAGCCACACAUCGCCAUACAAAACUAUACCUAUGUACAAGAGUAGUGACGGUAUAGAACACGAAGAUAUUAACGAGGAUAAAUCCCAUAGUUAAGUUAAAAUAGACUACUUAACCGAGCCAGCCCGCGGUUUCACCUGCGUCCCCAGAUAACUGCUUCCCGUAGCCGGUUAGCGCCAAAACUAUCCUAUAAUUUUUGGCUCAAUGAGUAAAGCCAUUCACAUGACUAACGGAUGUAGGGAGGGAAUCAUUUUUAUACAGGUAAAUAUUAGAUGUGUGGCGUGAGUCUAAAUAAAUCCUUCAAUUAGAAAACACGUCAAAAGCGGCAUAGAUGUUACAUAUCAUAUCAUCUAGUAUCACCUACUUAAAACUUAAUUGAUGUAAAUAGAUAUAAUAAUUAUUUUUUUUUCACUGUUCAGAACUUUAUUAGUGUAUAAUGUGUAGUUUAAAAUAGCUAGAUAAUUCAGAAUGAUGCUGAAUCCUAAGCAAUCUAAAAAAAUAUUUAUAAACAAAAAUAGCUUUAGAUUGAACAUCAUUAUUUUAGUAGAUAUAAAUAUUUACAUAAAAUUACGUAAGGAGUUAAUUAAG